UUCACGUGGGGGUGGGUCGGGUGACCUACGGCUAUAUGCAACGCCACCAAAUUCCGUUUUUGCGUUCACCAGCGAAACAUUUCAUCGUUCUUGAACGACCGGUCGACAUUCAUCGCCGCCUCACCGUAAACACACAGACAAACUCGUCGUAACGUUCAGCAGUUCACUACCGCCAACAGACCGUUUGUUUAGGCAUCCCAGGGAAGUGGGUUUUACAACCGCUGUUUUUAAGCCCUUUUAGACAGUCAUGUGAUUGUAACGUAACCCGACCGGAAAACACCGACGACCAUCGCCGCCAAUGCUGCGUCUGAGAGGAACAGAGCAGCUGCGUGCCCAACGGACAAAUCCCCCGGUAGCAGACAACUCGCCAAACUCCACGCGAUCGAACGGAGAAAAGGUGGAAGUAUGGAGCUGGCCAAUCAUGGUCUUAUCCUUCUUCAGCAGCUCAACGCACAGAGGGAGUUUGGCUUCCUGUGUGACUGCACAGUCGCCAUCGGUGACGUCUUCUUCAAAGCACACAAGGCCGUACUGGCCGCAUUCUCGAAUUACUUCAGAAUGCUAUUUAUACACCAGGAUAGUGACUGUGUUCGCUUGAAGCCUGCUGACAUUCAGCCAGACAUCUUCAGCUACCUCCUUAACCUGAUGUAUACUGGCAAACUGGCAACGCAGCUUAUUGACCCGGCUCGUCUGGAGCAGGGCGUGAAGUUUCUCCAUGCUUACCCCCUCAUCCAGGAGGCAAGUCUAGCUAACCAUUCAAAUCAGGUUCAUCCCGACAUAAGCUUUCCCCUCUCAUCCUCUCUUUACGGCAUUCAAAUAUCAGACCAGCAAGGCAUGCACACAAAUCGUCUCUCGGCGAGAACGCAUUUGUCUUCUCCGUUUGACUUGGAUGGCAGCGGUUUGCUGGACGGGAAGUGUGUUACCACAAACAAAACUAACUCGCUGAUACGGUCUGGAUCCAAGCACAAGUAUCCUCUGUCAGAAACCGAUGGAGAGGCGUCUGCGAGCACCAGUCAGUUUGUGAGGGAGGCUACCGAAACGGAAACAUCUGCAGGCGAGGCCCCAUCUUGUUCUCCGAGUUCCAACACGAUUCUGCACGUAAAACCCAGCAUCAUGAGAAGAAGUUCCUCUUUCAGGAAGCAUUACACGUGCCACAUUUGUGGAGGCCGCUUUACCCAGCGGCUCGCCUUAAGAGAGCACCUGCUUUUACACACACAGUCUAUGCUCCCCCUUGUGUUGGAGUCGGGUGGUGCAGCUUCUCCCAUGGCAACCGGAGGAGCUGCCACGCCUGAGGGGGAAGAAGGUUUUAGAGGUAGUGAAGCAAACGCCGCCACCCCCAUUGUAGACAUUGCCAGUGACAGCGAGCAGCAUCUAUACUCUAAAGACUCGCUGCACGCUGAAACCGCCAUGGCAAUGUCUACAACAGCAGUCGGCCUUUGUGCAGCACAGCCCCAGGCAGACACGCCUCCUCCAUCCGACAUAGCUGACAUCGACAACCUAGAGGGUGUGACGGACAUGGAGAGGGAAGUGAAGAGAAGGAAGUACGAGUGUUCCACUUGUGGCCGAAAGUUUAUCCAAAAGAGCCACUGGAGAGAGCACAUGUAUAUCCACACGGGCAAGCCGUACCGCUGCAGCGCCUGCGGAAAGAGCUUCUGCCGAGCCAAUCAGGCAGCGCGGCACGUCUGCGUGAAUCAGGGCUCGGAGCCGGCGUACACCAUGGUGGACCGGCAGAGCAUGGAGCUGUGUGCAGCAGAUGACUCCAGCCAGAUGGAGGCGCUGUUUUUGGGCUCAUCAGGGAGACCGUACAAAUGCAAUAUAUGUGAAAUGACCUUCUCUAGUCCCAAUGAGGUCAUCAAACACUUGUGCUUCAAUCAGGGGGCAGGUAUGGGAAUGGGGAUCACUGGGCUGAACAGUGACAACCUGGCCAAAGAUGAAGGCUCUGAUUCCUCCAGCGGUGGGCCGUUGAUCACACCUAUCAAAACUGAGGAAGUGUUUGUGGAGUAGUUCCACAUUCAUAGUGUUUCUUGUUAAUGUAUUGCAUUUGAUUUGUUUGUGGGUAAAUUAUCAAGUUAAGCUAACAGUACAGAUAGAAAAUUUUGGUGAUUUGUUUUUUUUUUAUUUUAUAUCAGGGAGCCUGAGACUUCUACUGAAAAGUACUUUUCGGUUUUACACAGGAACUAAUGUUCGUAAAUUAGCUUGUUAUAUUUUUAGUAUUUGGUUACUUUUCACUUCAUUAUAUGUUAAAGAUUUUUAUUCAUUUACUUGGGUAAUACAAUUUACAUGGGGCGCACAGGUUGCGUUUGUGGUUAAAUUUCUUCCUCUGUCUAACUGUCUACAGGAAAAGGAUGUAGUGAACUGUUGGAAUCCAAAUUGCCGCAGUGACAAAACUAGACAAUAGGAUGGCUUUGGUUAUUUAACGUUAAUGAAAUCAUGCUGGGAGCGUGAUAUCUUGGCCUCUUGAAAAAUAUAUAAUCUGAAUAUGUCAGUAUAUCAUUUAAGUGUGGGCCUUGGUUUUAAGAACAAGUAUCCUUCACUACCUCAACCAGUUAGACCAGUUUGAGACUUACCCGAAAUUUGCAUCGAUUAUUUAUGUUUAAAGGUAAAGAUCAAACACCUCCAAACAAUCGCAUUCUUCUCAAAGAUUUUGUCUGACACUGUUUUCUAACUUUUGUAUAUGCUUUGGGUUAGGCGUAAGUGCAGACAAACUUCAUUUAUGCAGUGCAGAAUAUAAUUUCAUAUUGGAGUUAAUGACCCCACUUGCUUCUUUUUUGUAUUUUCACAUUGCCAUUUUUUAACAGUGUUGUUUUUCGGUGCCAUUACAUGAUAAACAUCCUUACUGUAAAACAUCUUUUGUAUCAUAAGCAGUGAUUGUUGCAGUGCAGCAGGCUCGUGUCAACCAGGUUCAGUUGUUUUAUUGUGGUUAAACAUGUUUACAGUUGUGCUGUGUUUAUUCAACACGCUCUUCAAAGCUGUUGUAUGUGAAUUUAGUCAACACUGUGGGCAAACCAUACACACACACAUGUACAUAAAAUUGCUUGAAUUCGGAUGUUUGUCAUUUUUUUGUAUGAUUUUUUUUCCUGCCAUCAAAUUAUUUGCUUGAAUACGCUCUUAAAUUCCUUAUUUUUGAGUUUUGUAUAACUUUUCUAAUUUUAUAUACAAUGUAUUGACAAAGAAUUUUAUAAUCACAAAAGUUGUACAUUGUUAAUUGCAUUUAUUCCAGAAUAUUAUGCAUUUUAGCGUAGCACAGGUGUUUGUAUAUUUGUUUUCAUUUAAUUGGCUGUCUGUGUGUUUAUUGUAUUGACACUGACGGCGAGGUCAUGCUCGGCACUGAUAUCUACUAAACAACCCUGACUACUUUAAAGAUACUUGUGCUCUAUAUCAGGAAACUUUUAUUGUUUUAAAUCAGGGCUAUGUGCGUUCAGUGCUAAAUAUUUUUCCAUGUUUUAAUUAGUAAAGACUUAUAUAUUUUUAAUAGGGCACUGUGAGAUAAGUUACUACUGAAUAGCUAAUGAAAUCCCAGGAAUAAUCAUUUGAUUUCUAAUCAUUUUGUUACAACAUUUUUUGUUUUAUUGUGACUAAAAUAUAUUUGGCCAAGGCCUCCUUAUGUAUGUUCUUGAUGUGACGUUGUUACAGCUUUUGAUGAUUUGUACAUAUGCAAGUUGUUGCUCUUUGAGGCAGUUGUAGGGAGUGAAUAAGGUAAAUCCCCUCCGCCCUCCCUCAAGCGCACAAACCCCAAAGCCACGGCAAGCAUACUGUGAUCUCUCUCUCCUCAGGGACAUGAAAAAUGAAAUGUUGUCUCUGGAAAAAAUGUUCUUUGCAUUUUCAUUGUGAAUAAUGAACAAUAAAUUCUUGUUUUUUUGA